AUGAUGCUGCCCCCUGAGUAUGAAGUCGGCCAUGUCAUGGAUUACUACCCCUCUCAAGCGACCUUCAUGCGUGCCCCUCGCUCGGAAACUUUUCGCACCGCGCCCGCUCCGGGGCUCAACCUUCCAGAAGAAUUGCAAGGUUACCAUACUCUUGUCCCUCUCGAAAGCACCACUGGGGAACGACGAAAGUUUGGAUCAUGGUACAGCACGGUAUAUCGUGCGACCGGCAAAGACGAUAGGGGGUAUGUCUUGAGACGCAUUGAGAGUUACCGCCUUACACAUCAGGCAGCGUUUACGGCCAUCGAGCAAUGGUCUCGCAUAGGUCAUCCUAAUAUUGUCACUGUUCAUGAAGCCUUCACGACGCGUUCCUUCGGUGAUAGCUCUCUCGUCGUGGCAUACGCAUACCACCCUAAUGCGCUCACACUCUACGAUGCUCAUAUCAAGCCUAAGGCCCCGAUCUUUCAGAACGGGCGUUUGACCGCUGCCUCGCAACAUCUCCCGGAACGCACGAUCUGGAGUUACAUCAUACAGAUCGCAAGCGCAAUCAAGGCCGUUCAUGACAAGGGACUUGCUGUUCGUAUGAUUGAUGUCACGAAAAUCCUUGUCACUGGGAAGAACCGGAUUCGGAUUGCAUCUUGCGGCCUCGCGGACGUCCUCACUUAUAAUCCUUCCAUUGCGGCGCCUCCUACUCCUGGUACGCCGAGCAAUGGUGGCAGCACCAACAUCUCACAGGCCGCAUCAUCUGUCAUGAUGCUAUUGCAACUGGAAGAUCUUUCGAUGCUCGGAAAGCUCAUAUUUGCGUUGUGUUGCAACAAUGUCGCGGCGGUCAGUAACCUUUCAAAAGCAGUAGACAUCGUCAGCAAGCAAUACAGCGCAGACCUGAAGGUUUUGGCGCUCUUCUGCAUAAGUAAGCCUGGCCUCCAUAAGCACAUCGGCCAAGUAUUUGAUAUGAUCGGAUCUAGGCUUCUGACGGAGAUGGACGAUCUGCAACAUGGAAUAGACCAUCUUGAAGGCGAACUCAUGUCCGAGCUCGAGAAUGCACGCCUCGUCCGGUUGCUGUGCAAGUUUGGUUUUAUCAACGAACGCCCUGAGUUCGCCCGCGAUGCGCGUUGGUCAGAGACCGGUGACCGAUACAUCAUUAAGCUCUUCCGGGAUUAUGUUUUUCAUCAAGUCGACGAACACGGAAAUCCGGUCGUCAAUUUGUCGCAUGUCCUUGCGUGCUUGAAUAAGUUGGAUGCCGGAACCGAUGAGCGGAUAAUGUUGGUCGCACGCGACGAACAGAGCGUGUUGGUCGUCAGUUACCAGGACGUCAAGGCCUGUGUCGAGUCCGCGUUUUUUGAACUGGCACGCAGAUAAACGCGAGUAGGAUCUAACAUCAUGUUCUAUAUGCGUCUGGAUGGACUCGAGGGGAGGGGGUUACAGAAAAUAGGUAGAAUUAGAAAAAAAAGACCUGGAAAUAACGCAAAGAAAUGCAUGUUUGAUUUGUGAUAUUC